AUGACAGCUCUUAAACUUGCACUCGCGUCCCUGCAGCACGCCCCGCUGCGGCGCGAUGGCCGCUCUCCUGCCACCCGUGCCGUACAGCUGGCGUCGACGCUGGCGGACCUAUGCGCCGCCGGUCUGCCCCUGGAUGCCGCCGCCAUGUGCGCGGGUGUGGUUUCGGAGGCGGCUGAUUUGGGGGCCUUACGUGCUGACGUCAUCAGGGCGCAGCUUGGGCCGGAGGUGGCGGCGUUGGUGCAUGACAUGCUGCGUGUACGGCAGGCGCCACGUCGGAUCGAGUUGUUGGAUGAUGAGGGGGCCAGUGCCGUACGGGAAUGGUGUCUUGCCUUCCACGAUGUUCGUUCCUGUGUGGUUGAGGUAGUUGGUUGGUGGGACGAGCUACAACACCUCGGAGGUCGGCCGCUGUUUGAACAGCAGGCGAUAGCGCUGGAGACUCUCCAAAUCGGAGCCCCGCUAGGUCACGCUCUGGGUUUGGGAGCCUUGAGUGCGGUCAUGGAGGACAUGUGCCUCAAGGUUCUCUUCCCGGAGUCGUACACCUCCACAUCCGCCUGGUUGCGCGGUCUGCUGGAUCCAGCCGAGGACCUCCUGUUCAGCGCCCAGCAGCGGCUGCUGUCCGCCCUGGACGAGCAUCCGGACUUUGGCAAACUGUCGGGGGGCCUAUUGGUGAAGGCACGAACCAAGAGCCUGUUCAGCGUGAUGAAGAAGCUGCUGCAUUUGGGGGAUAUGGCGCGGGGAGGGCGGAGCCGGGAGGAGUUGUACGACCUGCUGGGUAUGCGGGCCAUCGUGAAACCGCCAGACUUCCUGCCGCCUGCGGAAGCGGAGGCGGCGGCAACCAAGGCAUGCUACAUCGUACAGGACGUUGCUUGUAAGCUGUGGCGGCCCAUCCCUAGUCGCUCCAAAGAUUACAUCGUGUCUCCGAAACCAAAUGGUUAUCAGUCAAUACACCUCACCUCCGCCGCCGCCAUUGCGGCGGCAGAGGCAGCAGCGGGGGGCCCGCUGUGCGUUGAGUUGCAGAUCCGUACAGCUGCCAUGGAUAUCGCGGCGGAGAGCGGCGAUGCAGCCCACGCGGUUUACAAAGGCGGAUUGGAUGCUCGUACUGCACGACAACUGCAGGCGCAACGGCUGUUGCUGUUCAGCAGUCUAGGCAGUCUGGACGAAGUGGAGGACGUCCCGCUGGCGAUCGGUCUGGGGCAGCAGGAUGCUGCGGCGGCCGCGGAGCAGCUGUUUCGACAUCUGGAUGUGAAUGGGGAUGGCCGACUGAGCUUGGAUGAGGUGCGUCAGGCGCUCACCGACCUGGCAGCUCCCUCCUCGGAGCGGGACGCGGCGGCGCUGCUGGCGGCACUGGACCGCAACGGCGACGGGGGUGUGAGCAUGGAGGAGUUUGUGGAGGGGCUUGGACCGGGGGGUCGCCUGGACAGCAGGAGACGACAGACAUGA